AUGGUGGAAGACGAGUUCCAGACGGUAGCGCAGGCAUAUACCGCACAUCUGCAUCAUGCUGAGUAUAAGAGACUCGUCAAGCAAGCACGAGAUGCAGCCCCAAAAGCUCUUCCUGAACCUACAUCGCCCAUGCCCGAGAAAACGAAGAGACGGCUCAGAUCUGCCGCCUUGCACAAGAAGCAGAAAGAGACUUUGCGACGAGUCAUCGGAAAUUCGACUGUCGAAGAUGAUGAAGACGAAGACAAGAUCACCGACUUGUGGUCUGGCACCAGUCUCGCUCCGCUGAUGGCGAGUAGCAGCCAGCAGAAGAUGUCUCUAGUUGGCUUGGAGGGAAUCUCGAGCACUACAAAGGCCGGCAUGGGCCUCACCAGAAGUCAGAGCCACAAACAAAGCAUCAGACACUCGAAAGAAGAUGGCCAUGGCCAAGUCAAUAUCGCACAAAACGCAUCCUUGAAACGAGACAAUGUCAACCGGCUCUCGACCUCCCGUGUAAUUCAAUACAAGGCAUCUCUACAAAACGGUCUACAGAACACGUGGACAUCCCGAGCUUCCAACAGCAGUGUCCUAGACCCCAGACAGCCUCCUAUGCACAGCAGACCUGAAGAGCGGCCUAAGAAGCACAGAUUCGUUGUAGACCUCGAUGAUGAUUCUUGCGCGGCAGCAACCGUGAGUGGAUCUCAAAAUAAUGGACGCAAAUCGAGAGCAACACCACCACCAACUGGCAAACCCUUGUCGAAAGAUAUAACAGAUAAGGAAAAGGACAAGAAAUCGCGACUCGAGGAAGUGCCAAUGUUCAUCAUUUGA